AUGGAUAAACUAAAGAAACUAAGCAAAUAUCAAGAGGAUGAGAUAUUUGGAUUCCCUGAAGAUGAAAUAGGGUCAAUGUUAUCUCCCAAAAUUAAUCCUAGCUUUUCACAUUCUCCACAAACCACAAAUAAACCCAAAUCACCAAUACUAAAAUCAAGAGCAUCCUCACACCCACUAAAGAGAUCACCUCAACAGAAGACCAUUCGAUCUAAGAGCCAGUAUCAUAGUUUAUCCCCACCUACAGACCUUCCCAAACAAGUUCAAGUCAAUCAUCAUAAUAUAGAUGAAAUUGAAGAGGAGAGUGAUCUCGAAAUUGAAGGAGACUUCACUGGUAAGAUAAAUAGACGUUAUGAACUGAGUGAAGAUGAAAGAACUUCCGAAGAAGAAUACUUUCUCAAAGACAUAAGUCAAAACUUCAAAGAUAAAGAGAAUUUCGAAGACGGGUUCGAUGACUUUGAAACCAUCAAAUUCGAUACCUUGAAACUUGACGAUUACAAAACCAUUAAACCUAAACCCAUGAAAGACGUACGAAAGUUCAAGAGUUCGGUCAAUUUGAAUUCUAGAGUUAUAUCAAAAUUAGACAGAAUACCCUCUUUCUAUAAUAAGAAAUUGUCAAAUAUGAUAGAGCAAGAACAGAACUACCAAAUAACGAAGGAUCAAUUAUUAGCUCAGUACAAAGAAAUUGAUAAACAGCAUCAAAGGACUAAAAAAUUGUUAUCACGAAGUAUGUCAUCCAAUGCCAUUCAUGAUAUCAAGAGCUCAAAAGACUAUCAAGAUAAAAUCAAGUCUCGAAAGAAGAAAGAAAUGAAGACUAUCAAGACUACAGAGAUUCCUCAAACCCCAAAUAUGAAGUUCAAUUCUAACUUAAGAAUUUGGGAAGGUAAUAACGGAGAUUUGAAGAAAUUUGAAAGACCAAGUACUAUCAAAUUGUCGGACUAUAAAUUGAUUAAACCAUCCGGAAUGGUAUUCGAUUCUGAAAACAUGAAAUGGGUCAAUGAUCCGAAUAGUAAUCAAAAUGAUGAUGAUGAUAUCUUGAAGAUUCCUGAUCUACAAGAAACUCAAGUCAAAUUUGAUGAUGUGUUGGAAAUUGGAAAAAGUAAAGUUUCAAGAUGGCUAUUGGAAGAGGAUAGACUCAAGAGAAAAAUAUCUGAAUGGGGAAAUAGAGGAGACUAUUCCACUGACUACUUCUGGGAUAUAAGGAAAUUAGUCAUGGAAUCCUAA